AUGGCUUCUUCAAUGAUCAAUGGAGCUGAAAAUCUCAACCUCAUUAGUGGCAGAACUCCAAAGGGGUUAGCUUUUAGUGGGUCAGAAUUUCACAGAAAAUGCUUUCUGAGCAAGGGUUUAGUGUCUUAUACUAGGAAUUUCAAUGCCAAAACAAGAACCCUAAAUUGCAGUUUAUCUUCCUCAAGACCUGUUUCUCAGCCUAGGUUCAUACAACACAAAAAAGAGGCAUUUUGGUUCUAUAGGUUCCUAUCUAUAGUUUAUGAUCAUGUCAUAAACCCUGGCCAUUGGACUGAAGAUAUGAGGGAUGAGGCUCUAGAGCCUGCUGAUCUUUAUGAUAGGAAUAUGAUAGUGGUUGAUGUGGGCGGUGGCACUGGGUUCACCACUCUUGGUAUAAUCAAGCAUGUUGAUGCCAAGAAUGUGACAAUUUUGGACCAGUCACCUCAUCAGCUGGCCAAGGCUAAGCAAAAGGAGCCUUUGAAGGAAUGCAAGAUAAUUGAGGGUGAUGCUGAGGAUCUUCCUUUCCCCACUGAUUAUGCUGAUAGAUACAUUUCUGCUGGAAGCAUUGAGUACUGGCCAGAUCCACAGCGAGGCAUCAAGGAAGCAUACCGGGUACUUAAAAUAGGGGGAAAAGCCUGCUUAAUUGGCCCUGUGUACCCAACGUUUUGGCUGUCCCGCUUUUUUGCAGAUUUGUGGAUGCUCUUCCCAAAAGAAGAGGAGUACAUUGAGUGGUUUAAAAAGGCUGGUUUCAAAGAUGUUCAACUAAAGAGGAUUGGUCCAAAAUGGUACCGAGGCGUCCGUCGACAUGGCCUGAUCAUGGGUUGCUCUGUGACUGGUGUGAAGCCUCUGUCAGGGGACUCUCCCCUUCAGGACCAACUGGUAAAGGCUUUGCUCAUUGAACUUUCACUUUUGCACAGUGGUAGCUUUAGGCACCAAGAAAUUUUUCAGACUUCUUUCGCUAAAAUAGAUUUGCUCUUUCCAUCCCUGUCAGUGUUCUGUGAACAGACUACUAGGUGGUUCACGAACUACCUAGCAUUAGCAAUGGUAAAGGUUUCAAUUCCUGAAAGAAUUCUCUCUCGCGUCCUCUCUCUUGUAUUUGUUCUUGUGGUUUUCGGUGGGGAUGGUGAGGGGUGUUGGGUUGUUGUUGGUGGGGGUGGGUUUUCGGUAUGGGUGGUUAGUGGUGGGUGGUGGAUUGCAAGGGGUUUGGGGAGUGGGUUUGUGGUGGGGUUAGGUGGUGUUGGGAGUGGGGGUUCCAGGGGGUGUUGGGGUUGGUUUUUCGUGGGGUUUGGGGAUGGGGGUUUCGGUGGUGUUGGGUUGUUGGUGGGGGUGGGUUUUCGAUCGAGCAUUAACUUCUGUGCAUUUCUCUCCCACCUCUUAGCUUCUGAACGAAGCUCUUCAAUGGUGUCUUCUGCUGCUUCUAGUAGGUUUUUGGAAGAGCCAGCAUUUGUUAGAGAUGAUGUAGCAAUAACAUGUGAAGAACUUUGCCCAAACUCUGUUUCUUUAUUCUACAAAUCAUCACUUGAUUCNUGUGCUUGCCAACCCGAGCAUUGUUUGACUAAUCCAAGCAACGACUCUGGAGAGUCAUAA